AGUUCAAAGUUCUCAAUAAAAGAAGGUCAAGACAAGUUUAUACAUGUGUAUGCAUGUAAAGCAAAUACACAUUCAAAUACUAUUUUGUAUGCUCAUUUUGGCUAGCGUUGUUGUCAACUAAAAGCUUUCAGUCUGGCCGAGAUAAUCGCAUGGAGCGCAUGCACAUUGAGGUUUCUACCGGCAAUAAAAUGUUUUGAAUUAUUGGAAAAGAGAGAUUAAAAGACUUGUGUAUAAACAAAAGCGAGUUGUGUGCAAAAAAAGGCCAAGAUUUUGGGUGCAAUUUUUUUUAAUUGCAUUGACGCGAGACGCAGAAAUUUGAAAUAGAAUAAAAAAUAUUUGAAAAAGAGGAAUUUGGCCAAAAAAGCUUAAUUAAUCGACAACAGUGCAAAACAAUAAGUGUAAAAGCGAAUGGCUUGGAAUUAAAAAAUUGCGCAGCAAAUCACGAAACAAUUUUAUAAUUAUCUACAAUUAUGUCUCUAGUGCUUAUUGUGCUUUUAACUUGUCUCAUAUGUUAUUUUAUACACGUUAAAUGGAACAUUUUCGCUGUGGGCAGUCGCAUACCCGGACCAGUGGCCCUACCACUCGUCGGCAAUGUUCAAAUGAUAUGCAAAUUAAAACCAGAAUCUUUAUUUAAGAGCAUUGCCGACUAUCGUGCACAAUUUGGCAAAAGCUAUCGCUUGUGGCUUGGGCCCGAAUUGUGGAUUUUUCUGCAUAGCCCCGAGGAAACCCGUGAAGCUUUAAACGACUCGACGCUAACCAGGCCGGCGGCAUUCCAACAAUUAAGUGUACUUAUCGGCAAUGGGCUGCUGAUAAGUUAUGGCAAACAAUGGGAGACACAUCGACGCGCAUUAAACCCCGCUUUUCAUAUGAGUAUACUCAACUCAUUCACACAUGUAAUUGCACAGCACGGUGAGGAGCUCGUGGAAAAACUUGCCGCCACCGAAUGUAAAGCUAUAGAAAUAAGCGAUUACCUCUUCGCUUGCAUACUGGAUACGAUUAUAGAGACUUCAAUGGGUAAAGAGCUGAACUCGCUUCGGGAUCCCAACAACCGUUAUGCGCACGAUUUUCACAAAACUAGCGAACUGCUCUUUAAACGCAUGACCAAUCCACUUUUGGGAUGGGAUUUCAUUUUCAAACGCACAAAUAUGUAUCGUGAAAUGAGCGCGUCGCUUGCAGUUAUACAUCAGUUGAUGACAUCGGUGGUUGACGCACGAAUUGAAGCGCUUAAACAACAGCAGGCGUUACAAAUUGAGUUGCCGUCCAGCGACGCGUUGGUGGAAGGCAUACGCAAGCAGCGGCGUACAUUGUUGGAUACACUGUUAACCACACAAAUUGAUGGCGAGCAGUUGACGCGCAGCGAUAUUUGUGAUGAAGUAAAUACGUUUGUGUUUGCGGGUGUAGACACCACUACAGCAGCAAUGUGUUUUGUGCUCUAUAGCCUUGGUAAAUAUCCGUUGGAACAACAAAAAUUGUUAGUGGAAAUUAGGGAGGUAGUACAUGGUGAACUAACUACGGAAGCGGUAAAUAGCUUAACAUACCUGGACAUGUUCCUCAAGGAAGUUUUGCGCUUUUACACAGUUGUCCCGCUAACAGGCCGUCAGACCACGGAAGAAACUGUGAUUGGUGGCCGUCGCUAUUGCGCUGGCAUAACACUUUGGAUAAACCUCUACGGACUUGCACAUGACGAGCGAUAUUUUGAUGAACCGCACGAGUUUCGACCUUUGCGCUUUGCGCAAACACAAAGUGAGCGCUUGCCACCAUACGUUUAUAUACCAUUUUCGGGUGGCCCACACAUUUGCAUUGGCCGUAAAUAUGCGCUGCUGAUUAUGAAAAUUAUAACGGUACAAAUUUUGCGAAAGUUCGAGGUGAAAUUACGUGAUCCCGCUGAAAAGUUGGUGCUACAGGCACAAAUGGUUUUGAAGGCAUUGCAGGGUUUUAAUUUGAUAUUUCUUCCAAGAUUAGAAGCUGACACGAUGGCUGCUUGAAAAUUGCUUAAAUAAAUAUAUUCUGCCAUAGUUUAUUA